AGCGGUUGGCAGUCCAGUAAAGUAAGGCUCUGCUGAGGGGGGAUUCCGAAAACGGUGACAGCCUCGGUAGUUGAGCUGCGGCCCAAGGGGGCAAACACGACCGGAGGGACGCGCUGGAAACUGUUUAUAGCCCUGUCAGGACCGUGCAGGGAGGGGAAGUGGAGGCGGAGGACAGAGGUAAGGGGCCUCAAGCCUGCCGCAGCUACAAAGGGCUCCUUGAAUGAUGGCACACUGAGAAACUUCCCCUGAGCCUGGGCCCCCAUGGCCUCCCAAGACAAAGAUGUGGGGUGCUCACUGCCCUCUCCCUGGGCCUCCCAGUUGGGGCCCUGGAAUGCCAUCCUCGAGGCUGCCAGGGAGCAGCUCCCGUCUCUGGACUCGGAUUCCUCCUUGUCAGACUGCGGGGAAGAGGAGCUGUUCAUCUUCCAGCGAAAUCAAACUGCCCUGAUUCCAGACUUGUCAGAGGAGCUGGCUGAAGACGCGGAUGGGACCUGGGUCCCUAUGGCUGGCGAGUCUCCUCCUGAGCCACUGGUGGUGCCUGUGGAGUUCUCAGCAGAUGCCUGGGGUGAAGGGGCUGCAAGGAUGAAGGAAAGAAGGGACCCUGGCCAGCACUUGGGGAGCAGUGGUGAGAGCGGCUCUCUUCUUAGGGCGCCUAAGGAAACUCCCAUGUGUCAGGAAGGUGACCUUGGGGACAUGUCCUUCAACACCAAAGAAUCCCCAAAUCCUCCCUGGGAGCUACAGGGAGAAGCCACCCUCUGUCCCCAGGAAGGAGACCUAAGGACAGAACCCCCAAGUGCUGCCUCCCGGACUCGGGAGGGCUCAGAUUCUGCAAACCGGAGAGCCCUCCAUAGAGAAAGAAGGAAGAUGAUUGAGAGAGACCUACUCCAUAAAGUCACCUGGGGUGCCCGGAACCCCGCCUGCAGUGACCAAAGUCCAGUGAAGAAGACGCCCUGCGAAGCUGCAGCAGCAUGUCCAAGACCAGGCGUGCUACCACAGGGGUCCCGGGAAGGCCUGCCGGUGCUCUCCCUCCAGCAACUUGAAGAGCGGGAUUUAGAUCACAUCCUUCAGAGUCUGGCAGGACAAGACAAUGCAGACAAUCGGGGAGGUCGAGUGCCUGGAACACUGUGGUGGGCAGCUGACCGCUUCCAGGGCCCAGAUCGCGCUAAGCAGAGAGCCCAGGACAGGCUCAUGGAAAAGCUCAGCCUCCUGUGUGCCACGCAGUCCAGAGCUGGCCCAGGACAUGCAGACACAGCCCAGGACACCAAGCAGCAAGAGGCUGGAAGCAGAUGUGCUUUGUCGGAGUUGGGUUUCCAGGCUGGGCUGGGCCACUGUCUGCUAAGGAGCCCAGCGGAGCCUCCCACCACCUUCAUUGACCUGAGGCCCAAGGAGCCAUCAGACCAGGGCUCAUUGGAAAGCUCCAGCUCCAGCUCCUCGGACAGCGAGGAGGCGGAGGAAGAGGGGACAGCGGCUGGGAGAGGCCAGCAGGGCCCAGGAGGGCUACGGGACUGUACUGGGAAAAGUCAACUUCUCCAGCAGCUCAGGGCAUUUCGGAAGGGGACGGCUCAGCCCCAUUUGCCUGCCAGUGAGGGUCAGAAGGCUCAGGCCCCUGAAGACAUGGCCGGAUCUGGGACUGGGAAAAAGCACCGUAUAACUCUCUGGGCUGAACAGCAGAGUGCCCAUGCCAGACCUUCAGAGGAAAGUCCCAGAGCCCUAGGGCACCCUCGUGGGCCAGGGACAGCCAGGGAGGUGCUGGUGCCUCCUCUGGGCCAACUGUAGAUGCCUCCAGGACUAGAUAUUAGGAGGGGGUUAGCAGGAUGGCGAGACUCUUCAUCCACACGCGCAGACCUGAUGGUCCCCUGCUCUCCCGUGUUCCCAUCAGCAGGUGCUUUUGCAGCACAGGGACCCUUACUGUGGGUCCAUCAUCAAGCCCUCUGUUAGAAUUUGGUUAUAACAUUUACAUGCACUUAGAGCAAAGAGAUGCCAGCACAAACUUGUACACACAGUGUGACAACUCAAGCGGUCCCAACCUUCUGAAUGGGCCUGGAAGGAAAGCCCAUGAAGAUAAGUUUUGUUAUGAUCAUAGGACUGCAAGGCUUUUCAUCUUCAUCCAUUUCUGCAUUUUUUCCCCUAUAAUGUACAUCUGUCAUUUCCAUCAUACAAGGUCUUUUUUAAAAACUAUAAAAUUUAGGUAAAAUAUAUUUAGAGAAUUUAGGGGUGGAAAGGGUCUUGAAAGAGAAUGUAGCCUGAUUUUCUGGGUCCCUGAGUGCUUUCUAUUUUGUGUAUUUAAAUUAACACCUCUCUCUUUCUCUCUCCAAAUGAACUUUUUU